ACAGGUGCUGCUCAACGGCUGCGGGAGCAGCCUCUACGUCAGCAUCAUGACAUCUCCAGAGAGAGGCUGGCAUUGCCCCCUUGGCCGCCACCAGAGCCCUAUACAAGAUCCUCGAGGAGCAGGCCUGCAGGCAGAAGGUGAAGGAGCUCUUCCCUCAGCUCUCCAUUGCCCUGCUGUUCCAGAUCACAUACAAGGUGGAGCCGUCCAUGCAUAAGCAGAGGGUGCAUAACCAGGAGGACACACUCACACCCCUCAGCCCCGUCAGGUGUGCGGUGAAUGCCAUGCAAGCCUUGCUCCAAUGUGUUGGCUACGGGGACCAGGUCACGUUCAUCCAGAAGCUGGGUGGCUGGGACAUGCUCAUGAACUCCGACAUGCACCACAAAGGCGUCUUGCUGUUUGCCCGGCCACCAGAGCCCUAUACAAGAUCCUCGAGGAGCAGGCCUGCAGGCAGAAGGUGAAGGAGCUCUUCCCUCAGCUCUCCAUUGCCCGGCUGUUCCAGAUCACAUAGACGGUGGAGCCGUCCCUGCAUAACCAGAGGGUGCAUAACCAGGAGGACACGCUCACACCCCUCAGCCCCGUCAGGUGUGCGGUGAAUGCCAUGCAAGCCUUGCUCCAAUGUGUUGGCUACGGGGACCAGGUCACGUUCAUCCAGAAGCUGGGUGGCUGGGACAUGCUCAUGAACUCCGACAUGCACCACAAAGGUGUCUUGCUGUUUGCCCGGCCACCAGAGCCCUAUACAAGAUCCUCGAGGAGCAGGCCUGCAGGCAGAAGGUGAAGGAGCUCUCCCCUCAGCUCUCCAUUGCCCGGCUGUUCCAGAGCACAUAGACGGUGGAACCGUCCCUGCAUAACCAGAGGGUGCAUCACCAGGAGGACACGCUCACACCCCUCAGCCCCGUCAGGUGUGCGGUGAGUGCCAUGCAAGCCUUGCUCCAAUGUGUUGGCUACGGGGACCAGGUCACGUUCAUCCAGAAGCUGGGUGGCUGGGACAUGCUCAUGAACUUCGACAUGCACCACAAAGGCGUCUUGCUGUUUGCCCGGCCACCAGAGCCCUAUACAAGAUCCUCGAGGAGCAGGCCUGCAGGCAGAAGAUCACAUACACGGUGGAGCCGUCCAUGCAUAAGCAGAGGGUGCAUAACCAGAAGGACACUCUCACACCCCUCAGCCCCGUCAGGUGUGCGGUGAAUGCCAUGCAAGCCUUGCUCCAAUGUGUUGGCUACGGGGACCAGGUCACGUUCAUCCAGAAGCUGGGUGGCUGGGACAUGCUCAUGAACUCCGACAUGCACCGCAAAGGCGUCUUGCUGUUUGCCUGCGUUGGUGUAGUCCUCGAGGAGCAGGCCUGCAGGCAGAAGGUGAAGGAGCUCUUCCCUCAGCUCUCCAUUGCCCUGCUGUUCCAGAUCACAUACACGGUGGAGCCGUCCAUGCAUAACCAGAGGGUGCAUAACCAGGAGGACACGCUCACACCCCUCAGCCCCGUCAGGGCCAUGGUUUCGGUCAGUUUCCAGGAGCGUUACUGGAUUUUCCACGAGCUGAUGGCCAUCCUCAACUGCAGGGAUGAUAGGCGGUACAUCCCGGCCAUUGCGUUCUUCAUUCAGCUCCUCCAGUGCCCUGACCUUGGCAACGAGCUGGAAGAUGCCAUCCUGGACCUGAUGAGCGGGCAGCUGAGAGACCCCAACACCAUUCAAACACCUCUUCAACCUGGCCCUUCCCCCAGAGAAGGACACUCUGUGAUACAGCCUUCAACCAAGUGUCCCCGAAUGGUGAAAUUAUUGAAAGGCCCUGGCUCAUAUACUCACCCGGCUGUGUCUUCUGAUUCACCAUCCCCUUCUAACACCGCCUGCUUUAUGGAGCCAGACUCGGAGGUGAAAUAG